UGUUCCGAUGCGUAGAUGGCUCUGCGAAGUCAACAACCGGUUGGAGCAAGUGUAAAAGAGUAAGGUGGUUAUGCUUGUGAGAAGCCAGCGUCUUACGUGAACAAUUUGCUAAAACAUGUAAGGAAACAGUGUACGGCAUAUCUACGUUGCAAUUUUUUACGUUUAUUUUUUUUUUUUCGUUAAAAACAAUCGUUAAAACGCAUUGAAGGACGUUUAAAAUCAUUUUUGAUCGGCUUACGAAAUUCGUUUUAUCGUUCGUGACAUUACAAUUUGGAAGCUACAAGGGCAAACACGAAUCACUGUUUGAGAAUGAGCACGAACAAUGCACAGGCACUUUUUGCGUGCUCAAGAUGUUUCUCAAGGCAUCCUUUCGAGGAUCUUUCACCAGGACAACAAUUAUGCAAGGAAUGUAGAGGCGCAUUCCCUGUUGUGAAAUGCACAUACUGUAGAUCAGAAUUCCAACAGACGAUAAAGGGAAAUACAAGUACCAUAUGUAAAAAGUGCGAACAAAAUGUCAAGUCAUAUGGAAAACCAUCAGCGUGUGAAUAUUGCAACACCAUUGCUGCAUUUAUUGGCAGUAAGUGCCAACGGUGUACUAAUUCUGAAAAACGUUAUGGUCCUCCAGUCACUUGCGAGCAAUGCAAGCAGAAGUGUGCCUUUGACAGACAGGAUGAAGAUAAAAAGGUUGACGGCAAAUUGUUAUGUUGGCUUUGUACUCUAUCUUAUAAGCGGGCCUUGGCUAAGACGAAACAAUCAGAUGCUGAUAGGAGAGCGCAUAUGAAACUAGCUCAACAACGGGCCGCUAAACACAAGGAGCACAAAUUAAAAGGUCACAAUAAGAGGCCACAAAGAGUCGAUGUCACUAAGCUGCCACCGCAAUCAGAAGGAGGGGAUACGAAUGGCCCUACUCCAGUAAAGGUUGCACGAAUGGCCGGCGUACACGAUCCUCACGAUCCAAACAGUUCAGAUCAUGUGGUUGCAGUUACACAACUUAAGGAGAAAAUAGCUCAUCUUCAAAAACAAAUUAGUAUGAAAGAUAGUCAGCUCCUUGCUAAAGACAGACAGAUAACGGAAUUAAAGGCAAAAAAUUUUACAUCAGAGACAGAGCUACGUAAUAAGAUGAAAGCAACCGAAAAGGAAUACGAAACUAAAGUAUCAAACAUGCAACAUAAAAUAUCGAGUUUGUUAAAGGAAGUUGCAUCAUUAUCAAAGACAUCCAAACGAGGUGACAGAGUAGCUGCUACUAAGACUGAAGCUGGGACCAACAGUGGAAGUGGAACAGACAGCCCUGUACCUUGAUAAGGAACUUCGUUAGCUGCGCAACAUACUCGAAUGCCCAUAAUUUUAUAAAUCAUGUGGUACAUUACGAAUAGUUAAUUGUUUCCAUUAAUCAAACGAAAUUGUAUUAUUUUUCUAAUUACUAUAGGAACGUAUAUCAUCUCCGAUGUAUACAUGAAAGUCUCGUUUAUCCCUUAAAGGGAGAACGAGUGCGUGCAAAAGUUUUUUAUCUAUAAGUUAGAUAGUCUUUUUCUUAAAUAAUUCGCGAGUGACAAUUCUGCUUAUACGCAAAAUGAGUUUUUAUCGUGAACAAAAUAGUUGAUUAGGUUUUUUUAUGAACCUGAAUGAUGUCUCCUAUGGUUAAAAUGCGAUUUUUUAUGUUCUUGAACGAGAUAGCAUUAAUAACAAAAAAAAAAAAAAUAAGUAAAAUAAAAUGAAAUAAAAUAAAUAAGUAAAUAAAUAAGAAAAUAAAUAAAUAAAUAAAUAAAUGAUGUUACAUGUGAAUAGAUUGUAUGAAUCGAAUGAUAUGGCUCUUGUAAGGUUUUAUUAUUUAUAAUAACAAUAAUGUAACGAAAAUGAGCCAAGAUAUGGUGAUUGUGUAGGACAAUUUACAAUAAAACAUUUAAAAU